GUCCCUGAGCAGGAACAUUCUGAUCCUCGAGUCGAACGGAAAAUUGGUGCUCAAAACGCUCAGUUGCGGCUGAAUCCUAAUGCACAGGAGUUUACGAGUUGGUCAGUAGGUCCCACUGUACCCGUUGCGCAUCCAGGAGCCACUAAUCCUACCUUGCCUGGAGGAAUUAUGGGUAAGAUGGCAUUAACCAUAAAACAGGGAUUUGCAUUGCCGAAAAAGGAAUUGACUGUGUUCGAUGGUGAUCCUCUCAAGUAUUGGAACUUUAUCAAAUCAUUUGAAAAUAGCAUCGUGAGCAAUGAGGCCGGUGAAAGUGAAAAACUCAUGUAUUUCCUUCAGUAUACAUCUGGAGUGGCUAAGGACACGAUCAAGUGUUGUUUAGUCAUGGAUUCAUCCCAGGGAUGCCGAAAGGUGAGAGAGCUGCUGGAAGAACGAUUUGGACACCCCUUCACAAUUGCCUCGAAAUACAUAGCCAAGUUAACAGAAGGACCACCGCUUAAACCAUGGGAUUGCGCAGGACUACUUGCAUUUGCGGACAGAUUGAAAGACUGUGAACACACUUUGGAAUCCAUUGGAUAUCUGGAGGAGAUUAACAGUGCAGACAACUUAAGAAGAAUUGUCCAGAGACUGCCGUUCCAUCUCUGUACCAAGUUUGUGGAACUAGCGCACCAAAUUCAGCAAGCUGGUCAAAGAACGAAUAUCAGCCAUAUCGCCAAGUUUGUCAAAGUCAAGGCGAGAGCUGCCAAUAGCCCAGUGUUUGGUUGCGUGGUAGACGUUGCACAUGACAGAUCAGAGAAUCAGAGGUGAAAACCAAAGGGUGGUGCAUCAUCUGAAGAACAUUUGAGCACAUUCAAUACACGAGAGAUUAAGCCUGGUGUCGGGCAGAGUUUGUCUUCCAAUAAAUUCACUCCAACCCUGAGGUGCCCAUCGCGCAACCAAAAUCAUUCCUUGGCAAAAUGCAGUAGUUUCAAAGACAAGAACUUCGACGAACAUCUACAAGUGAUGAGGAAAGCUCAGCUAUGCUUUAAUUGCUUCAAGUAUGGCCACAUCAG